AUGAGACUAUCAGGAGUUUCAUUGAGAAUUUCAGCAUUUCCAACGAAGAGUGUAUCUUCAAUUUCAUACAGUAGCUUCCGGAAUUUUUCAGUUCAAUCUCGUACCUACAAUACAGUUGGCACAGACCAAGUCGUAUUGGCAGAAAAGCCUCUGUUUACAGGAAAUGGGCCGUUUGUUGAGUUGCCCAAGUUCAACGCCAUAGGUAAUCCUAGUAAGCUUCUCAACAUCUCGCUUCCACAGUCUUCUAGAUUGUGUAUCAGACAUGGGUUCAUGGUGGCCAUUGAUGGAGACCCUAACCAGAUUACCAGUACCGAAAAAUGGUUGACAGACACAGCAGACUAUCAGGAGUUGUUAUCCAACGAACCAGUAUCUCUUGUAAUCAACGGAAACAACAAAAGCUAUACCGUUUUAGAAGUAGAUAAGUCAAGUGACGAAUGGUUGAUCAUGGACUAUGACAACAUCAUCGCUUGGACUGGGUUCAACUUCAAACUCUCACCUGUGGAUUUGUACAAGCAAUUGUCCAGUUUCAAGACUGCUGGAAAAGGUGUUAUUGUAAUCAAUGGAGACAACCAAUUGUUCAAUGUCAAUGUCAAUGCUGGCGAAGAAGUAUUUGUAGAUCCAAAUACGUUGAUUGCUACUACAAGAAAACCAAGGACAAAGAUUAUGACUAAAGGAAAAUCUUUAACAUUGUUCAAAAGAUACGGAACAUCAAAAGACGAAAACAAAAACACAACACCAGUCAAGUUCAAUUUACCUAGAGUGGGUCUCGUCGGUGGAGUCGUUGUUAGCAUCGAAAAGAAAUUAAAGUCACUACAAAAUAGCAUUACAAACGUAUUUGAUAUUUCCAGCAUACGGUCGAACUGGAGCUCAGUCAAGACAUCAUUGAAGCCUAUAAGCAGAUACGUUUACAUAGCAUAUGAAUACGUCAAAUUGUUGCUUGUUGGUAACAUCAUAAAGAGAGAUCCUAUAUUCUUCCGCAUCACGGGACCAGCCAAGAUUCUAAUCAACACCAAUACGGAUAAGUACGGUCGUAUAUUCACUAAGCGAGAAAUCGAGGCAAUUCACCGGACUGGCAACAUGAAUUGA